UUUCCCAGCCGGCCUGGAAAAUCUGCCUUGCAUGGGCAGACCGGAAGCUGUACCGCUCAUGGCGCUGGGCCACCAGAGGGCGCCAGGCAAGCGGGACCAGAGCAGCAGGAUGGCUGCCGCGCGGCUGCUGCUGGUCCUGGCCGGGCGGCUGGAGUCGGUGAACUUCACGCAAAGUGUGUGUAGCCUCCUGGGCGCAGGGCAGGGACCCGGGCCGUGGUACAUACACUGCAGCUUGGAGCGCGGACAGCUCGUCCUCUCCAGCAGUUCAUUCCCCGGCGCCUCGGAGAGGCUUCCAAUCCAGAGACCCCCCUUCUGUCCUUUGCGGCUCUGGGCCAGCAGCGAGCUGCCCACAAACAGAGGUGUGGAUGUGGGUGUGGCCGUCAUUCUUCAGUCCACUGACCAGACUGUCUUGACCCGAAGGCCAUGCACUCUCCGCAUCUCCCCCAACGUCUGGGUCCCUCCAGGUGAGCUCCUAGGAACAGACUACGGAAGACAGCCCUUUCCCUUCACAUUGCUGCUGGGUAGUCCGGUGGCGCCCCAAGGUGUGUAUCCACAGCUACAAACUUCCUCUGCUGCUGGAGGAUGGGGUCCCUGGCUUGGUGGGGUUAAGCUUUGGACACUCUGGCCUUCUCCCUUUGACUCCCAGAUACUGGAGUGUGGACUACAGCUGCCCCAGAACCAGCUUUCUUGUGUCCUUCUGGGGUUGAGGGAGUCUGCCUACCCUCCUAGGCUGAGCUGGGGUCUCCCCAGAUGUCCCCUCGUUCUCUAUGUACUUGUAAUCUCCCAGGAGUCACAGCAGCAGCUCCAGGCCCGGAUCCAAAUAAAUCCAAAGGAGGUGACUGCCUUUCCAUGCUGGAGCCAGACUGCAUCCGAACUGAAGGAUGACGGAGGGACCCCUCUAGUCCUGCCCAUGUCCACACUCCUGAGGACAACCCCAACCAUAGCAGAGGACAAAGGACGGUCAGCACUGGAGCCAGGUUUGCUCUUGGCUCUGGCUGCAACAUCUGGGCCGCUGCAGGUAAGGAGUGACUUGGCCGGGAUGGUCUAGUGCUCUUAUGGACACCACAUGCUUGCUGUGAAUGCCCACACUACCUCCAGGUAAAAGGGAAGCUUACAUGAAGCCCAGACCAGCAAAGCAAGGAGGGGGUCUGUGAGAUGGUGCAUGUAAAGGCUUCUGAUGCCAAACCCUGAGACCUGAGUUCAAUGCCUGUAGUCUCCUUCAAGGUGGCAGGAGAGGUCCUGCUCCAUAAAGGCCUCUAACGUGCACAUGCAAAGCCAGGCACAUGUGCCCAUAU